AUGUCCGACGAAAUAUUUCACCGCCAAGCAUGGCUUGAAGAAAGCAACCAGGAAAUUCGUAUACACUUUAUCGAAGCCCGACCUUCGCAGCCUCCGAAAGGUACGAUACUUCUGAUCCAUGGCUUUCCUCAAACAUCGCAUCAGUUUCGCCAUGUUAUCGGCCCACUCGCAUCAGCUGGAUAUCAUGUGAUUGCACCCGACUAUCGUGGUCAUGGCUUCUCGUCUCAUCCCUUGUUGUCCGUGUCCGACUUCGCCAAGAAGUCACUUGCGACUGAUUUGUUCCGUCUUAUGACUGAGACACUCAGAAUCACGGAGAAAAUACAUGUCGUGGGCCAUGACAUCGGGGGCAUGGUUGCCCAUGCUUAUGUAGCACAGUUUCCUGGGCAUGUGGCCAGCAUCAUUUGGGGAGAGUGUCCUCUUCCUGGAACAACUCUUUUCGAUGAGCUGAAGCACUCACGAACCCAUUGGCACUUUGACUUCCACGGCCACAAUCCAGAGAUUGCAGUGGCCCUCGUUUCAGGGAAAGAGAAAAUGUACUUGAAGCAUUUCUUCGACCGUCUCACGCAAAAUCAAGCUGCUUUCUCCCCAGAAGUGGUCGACUUCUAUACGAUGCAGUAUUCCAUGCCAGACGCUAUGAGAUGUGCGUUUUUCACGUACAGUGCUUUUGAAAUCGACGCUCAGCACAAUAGGGCCUGGCUUCAACAGAAUGGGAAGGUCACAACUCGAAACAUGAUUCUUUCCGGGGACAGAAGCUGGGCUGCUGAAGGUGCAAAACAGAUGGCAGAAGAGAUGUACCACGAUCCUAAAGUUGGUAUCGUUCAGAAUAGCGGGCAUUACCUGGCGGAAGAAAAUCCUGCGGGCUUUGUGGAGCAAGUCAUAGGUUUCAUUGGAGCUUAA